AUGGAGACGGAGUUAUCGAUUGGAAUGCGCGAGUCUGAUCUUCGAGCGUGGCUUUACACUGUUGACAUCUCUAGCAAACAGUUGCUCGAAUUAUGUACGCGACCCAUGGCUUUCCGUCCUUCCUAUCUUGGCGGAAACCGUCUCGGAUUGAUUUUAAUGGAACUGCGACGGGAGUUUGUAUUACGAGGAGCUUUCCCACAUACUCUUCCUGAGCUCCCCAUCAGCGUUGAUGUUAUUCUUGGAACUGACUCACCAACUGAAAGUAUGAUGGUUAGCGAAGAAUUUGAUAUUCUCUGUCCUGACAAUUAUACAGCGCUCUGGAUAAACCCACUAUUCAUACUUGCGAAGGAGAAGAAAGACGCUGAGUUGAUGAAUAUUGCAUCGUGGGUAAAGAUACCACCACGACUGAUUACUGUAGAUGACACACGGAUCAAUGAAAUAGUGGAGGAGUUAUUGAAAUCCAAUGGAAGGACUCUAAACAACCUUCGCUCAUUGCCAUCUGAGGAUAUGCGAGCAAUAUUCAUGAAGCUGAGCGGUAUGCUGCGGCUAACGCUCAACGAAGUCGACACCUACUACAACGAUAUGCAAACGCUUUCCGUUGAGGUUAACCGUAUGCAAGUGAUCCGUCGUGGACUAGAAGACACUCAUGAACGGGAGAGAAGGCCAGAGAGAGCUGCCGCUGGACGUGAACGCUUCAUU